CACCUACCGGAUCAUCCUCCAUGGCCACCCUCGCCUUGCCGCCGACCACCAAGGCUGCCGGCCAGGACGCCACCCAGGAAAGCCUAGCAGAGAAUCCUGCCAAGGACGCCGCAGAUCCGGGCAGCAUGGAGUCCGAGUGGGUUCUUCUCGGAAAAUCGGACAUCGUCCCGGCCGAUGUGGCCGCCGCCGCCGCCGCGGGGCACCACCACCUCAACUUCUCGCCGCUGCCGAUGAUCCCUAUCUGGGUGCAGAUGGUUCUCGGGGGCGUGGUUUACACGGCUGUGCCGUUCUACAAGAGGGUGCUGAAGGUCGAAGGUGAAACGUUGGCCAAUGUAGAAACUGCAGUGGAGGUCGUGGAGCAUGUCGCCGAGGUGACGGAGAAGUUGGCUGCAGAUGCGGCCAGUUCCCUGCCAGAGAACGGAUCCCUGCACAAGGUUGCCGUGGAGGUGGAGUGCGUUGCUGAAGCGGUGGAUAAGGAUGCACAUGAGGUUGAAGCAGUCAUCGAUAAGGUUGAGGAGGUGAGCGAGAAGAUCGAUGCUACAGUGGAACCGGUCAUCGAAGAGCUUGAGAAGGACCUGAUACCGAACCCCAGAUCCUCUAGUGGAUCAGAUGCCCAGAAAUGACAGUUCAUGUAAAUUGGGAGGGAAAGCUGGCGUGUGCGUGUCCCUGGCUGUCUGUAAAUUUGUAAAUCUCUCUUCGUUGUUUCCUAAUGCCCUAUGCGUGUAAACUGUAAAUACAACUAAGAUACCUCAUGAACUGCAACGACGCCACGGAAUAGUAAGACGUGGUACAUGAUUGUGUCAUUGUGUGUGUGUGGCUGUGCGUGCUCGAAUCUGGACAUCUGAUUGUC